UAAACUUAGGGGAGGGUGGGAGUCCUAAGUGAAGUUAACCUUUUCCAUGUUGAAUAUUCUAGAGCAAUCAAGGAGGAAAUUAAGCUGAGCGUUUGAAAACCGACAAUUGAGAACCCAGCAAGUGCAGCGAAUAUCAUCUUCGUGAUCUUGUAUCCUGGAUCGACCAUGUGGUCGAAUACGGGUGCAGCCCGUGUGCAGCGAGAGAUCAACACGGCUAUGCACAUGAGGAGCAUAGGCGGAGAGACGACGGAGCGUGGAUUUAAGCUCUGGCUGGUCGAUCAGUCCUGGUCGAACCUAUGUGUCGAGAUUCACGGACCACCGGACUCUCCGUACGAGGGUGGAGUGUUCGUUGUUAAGAUCUUGGUGCCCGAUACCUAUCCGGUCGUUCCGCCGCAGGUCGAAUUUCGGACGCGCAUCUGGCAUCCGAACAUUUCGCCGGAAUCGGGCGCCAUCAGCCUGGACAUACUCUGGAAGGGUUGGUCGCCCGACAUGUCGAUACGCACCAUCUUGAUGACCGUCAGGAACAUCAUAGCCAUCCCGGAUAUGGGGACGCCCUUCGACGACGACGUGGCCCGCCAAUACAUCCAUAAGCACGAGAUGUUUGUGCGCACGGCAAAGCACUGGACCAACCGCUAUGCCAGCGGACCCAACAUUAUUCCCGAGUUCGAUGAGAAGAUCCAAGUCCUCAAGGACCUGGGCAUGUAUGAGUGCUUGGCUCGUUCCAUACUCUCCAAAAAGGACUGGGACGUGGGCAAGGUCUCCCACAACUUCUUAACGAUUAAGUCUCAGCACGAAAAUUGAGCUUAGCUACGAACCACACAAAAUUCAGCUCUUCAGGG